AUCGCCAGGGAUCUGGACCCAGUGCGGCGGAAAGCGCAUGGGCUGGAGGGCGCCGUGGACUGAAGGCGGCCCUGCACCCUUUCCCGCUCCCCGGCCAGGUCCGGGGCGGGGGGCGGGCCGAAUCAUACCCAAGCCGCCCCUGACCAGUGCCACCUUCCUCCGGUUUCCGCUGGCCGCGGGUUUCGGCUGCCCAAUGCUGCAGGCGCAGCGGAAGAGACAGCAGCCGGCUUGGGGCGAGCGGCAGCGGCGGACCGAGCGCAGCUCGGCCCGGGCCGCGGAGCCCCGCACGCUUCUGCGGUCUUCGUCGCUGGGCCUCGGCGGCACUUGCAAGUGAAGAAGCAGGGCAGCCUUCAUCUUGGAUAAUUCUAGUAGAGAAGCUCCGACAAUUUAGCACACAGCCUCCGGAGCAUCCAGCACCCUCACAGCAUCUUUCACCUUUAGAACAGAGGGCCAUUGGGAAACAGAUUCCUUAAAAGUGCAGCUGCUGCUGCCCCGGGCUUGUUAUGUGGUUGCCUGUGUGGAAUCUUGCUCCUCAAGCUCCAGUACUGAUUCAUCACUAUCCAGACCCUGUCUCAGCUUGGAGCUGUGGCAACUCCUGCUCUGUGGCAGGGAUGGUUUCUGUGGCUUCACCAGGUGGGCCAGCCAUGAGAGGGUACCUCGUGGCCAUAUUCCUGAGUGCUGUCUUCCUGUAUUAUGUGCUGCAUUGUAUAUUAUGGGGAACAAAUGCCUAUUGGGUGCCACCUGUGGAAAUGAAACGGAGAAAUAAGAUCCAGCCUUGUUUAUCAAAGCCAGCUUUUGCCUCUCUCCUGAGGUUUUAUCAGUUUCACCCUUUCCUUUGUGCAGCUGAUUUUAAAAAGAUUGCUUCCUUGUAUGGUAGUGAUAAGUUUGAUUUGCCUUAUGGAAUAAGAACAUCAGUGGAAUAUUUUCAACUUGCUCUUUCAAAACUGCAGAGCUGCGACCUCUUUGAUGAGUUCGAUAAUGUGCCAUGUAAAAAGUGUGUCGUGGUUGGUAAUGGAGGAAUUUUGAAGAAUAAAACAUUAGGAGAAAAAAUUGACUCCUAUGAUGUAAUAAUAAGAAUGAAUAGUGGUCCUGUUUUAGGACACGAAGAGGAAGUUGGGAGAAGGACAACCUUCCGACUUUUUUAUCCAGAAUCUGUUUUUUCAGAUUCCAAACACAAUGAUCCAAAUACUACAGUGAUUCUCAUUGCUUUUAAGCCACACGAUUUAAAGUGGCUGUGGGAAUUGUUGACAGGUGGCAAAAUAAACACUAAUGGUUUUUGGAAGAAACCAGCCUUAAACCUGAUCUAUAAACCAUAUCAAAUCAGAAUAUUAGAUCCUUUCAUUAUCAGAACAGCAGCUUAUGAACUACUUAAUUUCCCGCAAGUGUUCCCCAAAAACCAGAAACCUAUACACCCAACAACGGGAAUUAUUGCCAUCACCUUGGCAUUUCACAUAUGUCACGAAGUUCACCUUGCUGGUUUUAAAUACAACUUUUCUGACUUCAAGAGUCCUUUGCACUACUAUGGGAAUGCCACCAUGUCUUUGAUGAGUAAGAAUGCAUAUCACAAUGUGACUGCAGAGCAGCUCUUUUUGAAGGACAUUAUAGAAAAAAAUUUUGUAAUCAACUUGACUCAAGAUUAAUGCUACAGACUCAGAAGAUGAUAUUAACAGUAUUUUUAUUUUUAUAUUGUAAUUUUUAGUUUAUUUUUAUGUACUUGUCAAGAAAUUAUUAUUUCUGUCUGGUGAUUCAUAACCACCAGCUUAAUGUCUAUGAAUAUAUUUAUGAAAACAAAGAUAUAUUUAGUUAAGAUUAUCAGGGAAAAAGUAGUUUUAAUUGCAUUGUUUUUAAAAUAAGCUUAUUUUCUGAGGUGUUUUUAAACAUCUUUUUAGUUAUUUCAUAUUGGCUUUUGAAGAGAUGUGACUUCCUCAUGAAUAAGGGGAUUUAAGUUCACUGCCACAAACUUGAGUACACAUGACACUGUGCAGAGUGUAUCUGGCUAUUAUAAAUUGGUGGGGAAUUGGCAGGUGGGUGUGCCUUGAUGUGGCAAAAUGGAAGUACUUCAGGCCUCUAUCUGAAUGACUGUUUGGUUUCUUUUUGUCGUUUGAGGAAACUGAUUUCAAUUUAAAACAGCAGCGUGGAUGAUUAUGGACAUCUAAGAUCAUACUGUUUUAAUUAGCCUUUUUCCUCUGCAAUUAAGUAAUCCAUGAUCAUGAUGAGUAAUUAGGUAGAAUGAAGAUGGUUUUAUUUCAGUUGAAGGAAAUAUAAGCUAAAGAAUGCAAUGAUGAAAAUUUAGUGACUGUGUUUUAAAGAAAUAAAAGUUUAUAAAAAGCUGCGUUAGGCAAGCUCAAGGAGAAAAUUCUUAAAAAAACGUUACUUUGCCUGGUUUAAUUCAUUAAACUUAAAAGUGUACUAUUUGCAGUAAAUUAGGAAAAAUAAAGACAAGUAGACCCUAUGAAGAGUCAAGCUAUUUUUGGAUUUAAAUGGCAUUUUCAUGAAAAAUCUCAUCUUCAAAUGGAAAGCUUACCUGGCUACCUAGGGUGCACCAGAGAGGAAUCCUACAGGAUGCAAACAAGCCAGUCCCACAAAUAUGGCGAGCUAGUCUCCUUUCCCAUUUUGAUAUCUAUAACUAAAGGCUCUGGUGAGGUGGGGCGGGGAUAAGGGGUAAAGGAGAAUGGAAGAGAACAUAAAUUAUAAUAAUGGAAUUAAAAGCUGUCAGAAGAGGUAUGAGUUGAAAGGAUAUCUUCUGAACAAUAAUUAUCACUGGGAGACACUGAUGGUGUUAUGACAGCCAACCUGCUGCUCUAGAGUGAAUAAAGGGUGAAAUAAGUAUUAGAGCAGAAACGAAUAAAUGAAGUACUUAGAAAACCGGUAGUUGAUUUAACCCAGAUCUAAACAUUAAAUAUGGUCUAUGUUCUGUUAAUAGCAUACAUUUGCACAAUACCACAUACCAGCUUCAUUUGGUUCUUCUAAUAACUUUGAGGUGGAAAAGGCAGAUAUUAGACUGGAGUCCAUGUGUCCAGCGUGCCCUUUCCCUCUUACCGCACAGCCCUAGGCUGGGUGCACCUUGACCAUUGAAGUUCAGUUUGAUAUAAAGUAAUUCUGGCUUCAAAAAGGCUGCUGCUGACUACAGAAAAAGUCAAAGUCAAAAAUCAAUGAUGGCAUUUUCAAAUAUUACUGUGAAAUUACUGUACUAUAAUAAUGGCCAUAAAAUUUCGGACUGAUGUUAAAAUUGAGGAAUCUGGCAUUUUGUGUAGUAUAAAACAAGGCUACAAACCUUAAGGUUGUUUUAGUUAAGCCAAAAAAAUCUAAGACACAUAUAUACAAUUUAUUAAAAACACAUGAACACAGUAAAAUCUAUUUAUACAAUCUAAAUUCUAGCAACAUAUACAAAUACUGAGUGACUACAGUACAUGCCGAGGUAAGAAAAGUACAUUCUGAGAGAAUAUCACUGACACUCAAGCCGUUUUUAUUUCCAAUAUGCAUUUCAAUACAUGUUUUGUUUAAACCUUUCCCAGUGCCAAA